CAGUGCUCUCACGUACUUAGGUAAAAAUGGCUAUCUCCGUUCCUUAUUCUAAAAUAAGUAGGCAGUAGGAAGCAGAACAAUUUUUUGUUUUACUUACCCAGACAGUAUAAAAAGGAGCAAGGAGACAGAGCAUGGUGAUACAUGCCUUAAUACCAGCACUCAGGAGGCAGAGGCAGGCAGAUCUUUGAGCCCAGCCCGGUCUGCAUAGGGAGAUCCAGGCCAGCCAAGGAUACAUGUAUAGUUAGAUCAUUUCAUACCACCACCCCCACAAACAGAGAAAGAGCAAGGGAAUCAUUUUUUCUACUUCUGAGACAGCUCAGUGGUCCAGUGUGGCAGCAGCUUCCCACCCUGGGUGACAGCGUCCUCUGUGAGUGUGCCAACUGUGAAGGAGCUACAGAAGGAUCUGACAGCUGACUUCAGUGUUGGGUUGAAGGUGGAGAUGAAGGGAGUAGCGCCUCUGAAAUUGGGAGUCUUCUGGGCUGCCCAGUAGCCACCUAAGGACUAUGAGGAACAGGAGGCAAAGGGGAGGAAAAUAAGUCAUGCCCAUGCUCUAGAGGUGGACAAUAGCGAGGACAGGCAGGUCAGAGAGGGACCAAGGGCUCUUUGAACAGCACAGCUUAAUUGACAUGAUCUUGACACAUGAGACAGGUAAUCCUCCCGAAGGCUCAGUGAAGUCUGUUUUUAUCUCCAUUCUGCUCAGGAGAGAUUAUAUUACUUGCCUAAGAUCCUGCAGCUAGAAAAUCAUGAAGCAGGACUCAAUGCCAAAUGGGCCUUUUUAGCUUCUCCAGCCUGGUCCUGGACUGGAAACACCUGCCUGGAGCACCCAGGCAGCCCUAGACCAGGUGUCCUGGUUUCGCCUGACCUUUGUACAUUCUGUAUGUUGCAGCCACAGCUCAGCGAGGACCUAGGCUUUCCUGGUUCCCCCAGGUGUGCCCAGACCAGUAGUGGUAGAUAUUUAAUGACAGAUUUCCUGUGGGGCAAAAACAAGCCCUACUUUAUAGUAUUUGCCAAUUUCCAUGGUAUAAAUACUUCCACCCCAGCCUGUUUCAAGCUACUAACUUGAUGUUACUGAAUGAGAAGUUGAGAAGAGAUGAUUGUCAGUUCAUGUAAGCCAUAUGAGCUGGCCCUAGUAUGCCUCUGACUCAGACCUUGCCUUGGUCUGAAUUAUGGACAUUGCUGUUUGGAGGCAUAUGGAGAGAAUGGGCCGGAAGAUCAGAACUAAGGUCAAACUCUGGCCCCAGCAUUUUGUCAACAUUGUGUCUGCAGGCCAGGUAAACUCCUGGCCUCCCAUUUCCUCAACAGCAGGAUGAAAGUAUAAUAAAGAGCAUCUCCUUCCCAGGGCUGCUGUGAGGAUGCAAUUAAUGGGCACAGUGUCUGGAUACAUGCUCAAUCUGCUAGCUCCUCACUGGCAUUAAUGACACAUUGACAGCCCUGGCUUGAGAACAGUGCUCAAACUCACCUAGAUUAUAGCCUCCUGUAUGUCCCUCGGGGAGGAGAGAACCUCUGUAGCCCCUCAGAACUGAAUUCGGACUAUCUGCUGGUUGGGAUACCCCACCCUGACUGCUUAGGCCACACCAGAUUCUCAGUCUUUCCCCAAGGGGAGCAGAGGUUAGAGUGCAUCCAGCCCCCUCCUGUCACCUCUACCUCCCCCAAAGCAGAGAAGAGUCAGCAGAGGGGUUUAGUGUUGGCUCCUCCUCCUCUUAGUACCUAACUCCAUGAACUCCUCACUUCAGAUCCUGUCUAAAGGAAAAGAGGCAAACAGGGUCCAGAGUGAGGACUUUAGGAAGUGCAGGCUGAGUGGAAUAAGGGCUCCAGAUCAUCCAGGUGUCUUACACAGGGCACUGUUCCUUUGUACUCCUGCUUGAGGAUCUUGUGAACUUGACACAUUUUGCCAAGCUGCCCUAAAGCUCUGCUUUCCAGCUCCAGUCCAGGGACCCAGAGAUAAGCAGAGAUGGUGAAGAGUGGAAUAGGUUGUGCCCAAACUCUGCUCUUAGAAGACAACAGCUAGAUGCUUUUGUGGGGCUUGGUUGGAGCAGGAUGAAGGCCCUGCAAAAGAGGUUCUAGAAGGCAAGUACUAAGCACCCUACAUCUAGCACAGGACUGGCUAUGGGGACCACAGCCUGUUCGUAACUGAUGACUCAAGGACACUGAUUUAUACGUAUGAAACCAAAAGAAUGUAGAGACCUUGCCACUCAAACCCUUACAGUGUAUCUGAGGAAACAGGUAAGUGGGCAGACUGAGAGGAGAGGGCCGGAGACUCAAAAACAAGGAAAGAUAAAGCGAGGGUGAAAAUGGACUUGUCCUCCAGUGCCUGGGCCACUGGAACUGGGCUGAGGACAAAGAACUUUCAUGAUUGAAAGAGAACAGCAGAGUUCUAAUGACAAGUGGCCAGCUGUACACCCUGAAUAGUAAGUGCAUAUUUACCUGGACUACUUUUAAAAAAUAGUAUUAAUACUUGUAUUUUGUGUGUCUUUCUCAGUCAUUCUUCCUUAAUUUUUGAGGCAGGGUCUCUCAUUGAACCUGGACUGAGUAGGCAAGCCAACUGACCAGAGAAGCCCAACAAUCCUAUCUCCACGUCUCCCAUGCUGGUAUUACAGGCACAUGCCACUGCCCUGGCAUUUUUAUUUUUAUUUUUUGCAUGUUGGGGAUUUUACAUGUGUUGGGGAUUGAACUCAGGUUCUCAUGCACACAUUACUGGGCUAUUUCACUAACCCCCUUUGUUUUGGUUAUGAUUUUUAAUAGAUCAUGAAAUAGUACAAUAAGUUUAACUCCAUAGAUGUGUAGGUAGUACAACAAACCCCUUGCCCUGUGACUUAGGGGAGUGGAUUCCACAUUGGUCAAACAGACCUGGGAUUGGAAGCCCACCCACACUUGACUGGGAAUGGCUGUGGUUUGGGUCUCUGUCACUAAGCUGAGAACCCUAGUAGCCCCAAACCUCUGCCAGACCUCCAGGCAGACCCAGAGCUUGAGCAGAGGCCUCCCCAGCCUGCCUGAUCAGGUCGAUCAGUCUGGAGACCUGGUUUCCAUCGGCCAACCUCUAGGAAAGACAGUAGACACAUCUGAACAGAGCCCAGGAGCCCAAGAGAUGGAAAGCAAGAGCUUUCAGGCAGUGUUUCAGGGGGACUGAGGAGCGGUGACACUUUGAAUCCAGGGCUCUCCAUGCUCUUAAUCAGAAAGAGUAAGUGGUGGUUUAUUAGGGGGAGGGUAGUAAGACAGAAUCUCACUCUAACCCUGGUCUUACCCUAGCUAUCUUCCUGCUUCAGUCUCUGAAAUUACAGACAUGGUCACUAUGUCAGGCCGGUUAAGUAGUCACAUCACUAGUUUUGAAGUGCGAAACAAGUCUGGAGAGGCUCAGUGAUUUCUGGUAGAUUCUGAAGCCUGGACAUUUCCCAGGCCUCAGGUUUUCUCUGGCCAAGGCUAGUGCGGAGGGUGUGCGCCUUCUCCGGCUGGAGGGGGUGGGGGCGCCGUAGCUUUAAAGGGCGGCUCUAGCUGCCGGCCGCAGCAGCUGGAACGGGGUCCCCUGAGGCGAGGAAGCGCCCUCGGGACUGGCACAGCUGGUCGCACAUCCUGUAGGCUAAGGAAGGAACGGAUCCUGGGCUCCGCCUGGCCAAGCCAACAGCCCGGAGGGGACGCGGAACAGCCUCCCUCCCCCUAGUCGCCGUGGAGAUGGCGCUGCACGUGCAGUGACUGUGCGCAAGCCGGAGGGUCCCACCUCUGCGUCCCUGAAGAGCAUGGAGCGCCCAGAGCCGGAGCUGAUCCGGCAGAGCUGGCGCACCGUGAGCCGCAACCCGCUGGAGCAUGGCACUGUCCUGUUCGCCAGACUCUUUGCCCUGGAGCCUAGCCUGCUGCCUCUUUUCCAGUACAGUGGCCGCCAGUUCUCCAGCCCUGAGGACUGUCUCUCCUCCCCGGAAUUCCUGGAUCACAUAAGGAAGGUGAUGCUGGUGAUUGAUGCUGCAGUGACCAACGUGGAGGACUUGUCCUCACUGGAGGAGUACCUAGCCAGUUUGGGCAAGAAGCAUCGGGCAGUGGGCGUGAGGCUCAGCUCCUUCUCGACAGUGGGUGAGUCCCUGCUCUACAUGCUGGAGAGGUGCCUGGGACCCGCCUUCACACCAGCCACAAGGGCCGCCUGGAGCCAGCUCUACGGGGCUGUGGUGCAAGCCAUGAGCCGAGGCUGGGAUGGGGAGUAAGAGGCAAACUCUGCCUGUCAUCCCUAUCUAUCUAUUUAUGUCUGUUUGUCUGUCUGUUGUAGCCUCAGCCCCUUAGGCAUCCCUAUACUGUGAUCCUUAUUCCCUUGGUCAUCCUGGAGAGGUGAUGGGGCAGGGCUCUGUCUCAGUUCCUGGACAACUGCAGAAAGUGACUUUUCCUUCCAGAGGGCUCUGUGGGCUUCCCUCAUCCCACAGCUGCACCCUGUCUGUCUCCUUGUGAGGCAGAGCAGAGUUUUGGUGGUGAGGCCCUUCUCAGAUGAGCCCCAGCCAAGGUAGGGGUAAAAUGACCCAGCUCCCAGAACCUUUCAUCUUGCCUGCUCAGACCCCUUGAUACUUUCCUACUCAAGCCUGUUUACUUUCCAUAAGUGAAGAGACAGAGUAGCCUUCCUGGGGAUUCCUGUAUCCACAACGGGUGCCCCUGGGUCUUGACUGCUUAGAUGCCCCAAGCAGAACUUCCCAUGCCCUCAUUCAGAAUUUCUGGUAGAACCUCCCCAAUAUUCCUCUGGGGAAAUCUAACUGGCCAGCCAAAGUAGAGAGUCUAGAAGGAGGAAGGAGGUGUGACCUCAUCCCAGGUAAUGCUGAGUCCUGGGGCUCUUCUUGCCUCCUCAUCUCAUCAGGGCUAAGUCUUAUCUUCCCAUCUCUUUCUGCUUGCCUACUCAUCCCCUCCAGCUACGGGCUCCUAACUCUGUGUUUUAUGCCCAAGGUGGACCUGUAAAUGGGCAGAUGGGUGGGAGAGAAUGCAGUGUGAAUGCCCUGACCUUACCCCUAGCCACCUACACAUCUCUCCCUGUAUGUGCUGUGAUUGCAAAUGCACGAGGAAUAAACCUGUUCUGUGCUCCUCUCUGAUCCUCCAGAACUGAUCUUUCUGUGGGCCUUGACCUGUGCCAGAUGAAGCUGCAGAGCACUGAGGCUCAGGGCAGGAUGAGAAGAUGGGGUUAGCAGGGCCAUGGCCCAAGUGGGUGGAGAAGGGAGAGGCAUGGGAAAGUGGGAGGCCAUGGUGGUGAUGGAGCUAGGGGGUCUCCAUUCCAGACUGGCUGUGAGGACACCAAAUCUAGUUCUUCUUCCUCGGCACACACCUGGACCAGCUUCCCUUGAAACUAGGUGGGACGGGAGACAGUCCUAACAAGUAGACUGUAUGGGUGUGGGGGUACUUCCAGGCCUGCCACUCCCAUCCCCAGGCUCCUAUGUUCCUCAUAAUCAUUUACCAAUUUAGUGCAGAGCUCACAGAGACCUUGAGGGCCAUGUGCUGAACAUGACACUGAGCAGAGCCUUCUCCCUUGGCUGCUGCUUAGAGAAGGUGCCCACUCAUCAGCAUUACCCAUUUUAGAACUUUAUUUGAAAAAGACAUAACCUUCCCUUCUGCUUGUGCCACCUUAUAUUUUGGGGUUGGUGAAUGUUGUAAUUUGAAUUUGAAUGAGCUCGUGUUUUGAGUGCUUGUUCCCCAGCAUAUGACAAGUGUUUGGCGGGGAGGGGAAGACCGGGAAACCCUUAGGAAGUAGGGUCUACUUGGUGGAAGUAAGGCACUAGAGAGUGGGCCUUUGAAGAUGAUCGCCCAGUCCCUUUUCUUUCCUGGUCCCACCAUGAUGUUAAGAGGUAUUACCAUAUGCCAACUGCCAUGAAUUCUGUCAUGCCCUCCUGCCAUGAUGUUCUGAGACCCUCCGAAAUCA